AUGACACUCUCGCAGUUCCUCUCCGACAUCUACGAGUCGUUCACCGUAGCCGAGGCUAAGGCCGAAGCUCCACCCGCUGAAGAGAAGGAGGAAGCUUCCGAAGAAAAGGAAGAAGAGAAGGAAGAAGCCGCUGCCGAGGAAGAGGAGGAAGAGGAAGAACCCGAGGAUAUUCUGCCACAGUUGCAAGAAGAAUGCCAAAACUCCAAGAAAUGCGCACCCUACAAGCAUCAUUACGAUGAGUGUGCCGAACGCGUACAGAAGUGGGACGAUGCUGAGGAAGGGGAAAGGGAGGGCAAAAGAGAGAGCUGCGUUGAAGAGUACUUCCACCUGAUGCACUGCACAGGAGACUGCGUCGCUCCAAAGCUCUGGGCGAAGCUCAAAUAA